AUGGCAGAUCAAGAUACAGCAGAGCUUACUGCCAAAGUCGCGCUUGUGGUCCCGAAGAACCAUGUCAAGACCGUCAAGUCCGCUCUGGAACAAGCCAACCAGCUCGACCGAAGCAGCAAGAUCCUACCCGAGUCGAGCCAAGAUACCACGAGACACGCUGCGCAGCAAGCUCGGUUUCCACUGCUUUCGUUUGACGUGGAGAGCGGUCAAUAUGUAGACAGUAGCCAAUACGCCGACGCCUCUGUGCCUCCGCAGCAAAGCCAACAUCAACCACCAGGAGCAUCUGCUGAAGGAAGCAAAACAAAGUUCCCUGCAUUGGACUUCGAUCCAGUCAGGGGCGAGUACGUUGAUGCGUCUAACAAGGCCGAGCCAUACCCACCCCAGCAGGAUACAGUACACCAACGAAUGCGCAUUCCAACGACUAUUUCCUAUCCUCCAGGCGUUGGUGAAACAAGUGCAGAUUUGAUUGAAGAGAAUGGCCAUAGAUUCAAGACUACAAUCUUGCGGAAUCUCAAUCUGCAUCACCUAUGCUCCGAUAUCGAAUUAGCACACCACGUCGCCAGUGCUGGUGCAUCAAGGCCCUCAGCCAUCAAAAGCCCGGUUCACAAAGCACUGAAAGAGGGUCUCUCAGCAAUUGGAGAAGCUGGGCUGCUUGACGUGGAUGUUUCCCCCGAGGCACUCGUCUCUGCUUUCCCUGAUGGAUACUCCUUAUAUAAGCCCAUGCUUCUGCUUCCACACAAUGCGUUCUCUUCGCCGCCAUGGAAGACGCUCCUUUCGAAAACAGCCCUGGAUUCCAAAUUGCUGGAGCCCAUCUGGAAGCGUGUUGCAGAAGCCGUGGGUGCAACACACGUCGCGGUCAACUCACCCAUUCCGCUUCGAAGCAAUUCCAGCGCCCACGCCGAUUCAGAAGCAAGUCCGAGGAGCCAAGAGAAUAUUCUCCGCAGCCCAGUCGACCUGGUACCAAUCUACGGCGAUUUUGGACCCAGCCCCACGCCGGGCACAAUGUCGUGUCCCACUGCUGCUGAUUUCGAACAGGCUCUGUGGGUUGCUGCAAAACAAAACGGCAUCUGGCAGGUCUGGGCACCGCGGUACACAAUGUUCAGCCGGGGCAACAUUCGCGAGAAGACUCGCAUACUCAAUCUGCCCUCUGUUGCCAAUGACUUUGAUGUGCCUUCGGCAGCCGUGGAUCUCUAUGCAGGAAUAGGCUACUUUGCCUUCUCGUACCGAAAAAGCGGACACGACCGCACACAUGGAAUCCGAAGAGUCAUGUGCUGGGAGCUCAAUCCCUGGUCUGUUGAAGGACUACGACGAGGCGCAGAGAAGAAUGGCUGGGCGUGCAGUAUCAUCAAGGGAGAUGGCGUAUCUCACGUGCCUAGUGAGAGUGAACUGCAGGAAGCCGACUUUUGGGUCUUCCAGGCAAGCAAUGAGGGCGCCAACGAGGACUAUGCAUCUGUAUUGGCUGGCUCAGACUCUGCUGCCUGCAAGCUGCCAGUUCGACAUGUCAACCUGGGCUUGCUGCCUUCUUCCAGGCCCUCCUGGGAAGUGGCAGUGAGGAUGCUGGAUGAGCAGCGCGGUGGAUGGAUCCACGUGCAUGAGAACGUUGGUAUGAGGGAUAUCGAGUCAAGAAGCAGAGAUAUCGAAGACAGCAUUGCGCAGUUGAUCAGGCACGAAAUAGGAAGGACAGAUAGGGCCGCGCUAAAGAUGGAGCAUGUUGAGUGGGUGAAGAUGUACGCGCCGGGCGUUGUGCACUGCGUGUUUGAUGUCCACGUUCCAGGUGUGCAUUAG